AUGUUAUUUUCUUGUUUGACAAAUAACAACAAAGAAAGCUACGAAUGUGUUGUUUGUUUUAAUCCUUUCCUAUUGGACCAAUCUCCAGUGAGAUCAGACAGGAUCCUAUCGACACCUUGUGUAAAUCCAUACUGUCAACAAAGUGUCUGUACUGAUUGUAUUUUCAAAAACAUUGAACACGAUAUUAAUAACAAUCACUGUCAUGAAAUGAAAUGUGUCAGUUGUCAAACGAGCUAUGACAGCGAAAAUGUUUUGGAAUUUUUGAAAGGAUUUUCACAUGAAGUAGCAGAUAAAUAUAACACUAUUUUAUUUUGGAAAGUACUUGAAAAUAACAAAGGUUUUGUACGGUGUGCUCAUGGAUGUGGUUCGGGAGUGAUUGCAGAUGAACAUGCCCAAAUUGUGACAUGUGACAAAUGUCAUAAAAAAACAUGCUUUGUGUGCAAAACAAAAUGUCAUGAAGGUCUAACUUGUGAUGAAAUGCAAGAUUAUGGCAGUUCCACAAUUCAAAGAAAAUCUUCAGAUCUAUACGACAUCGAACAAGAAUCAGACAAUCCAUUCUUGUUGGACCAAAACGAACGCAGAAUUCUUGAAAUAUCUCAAGAAAAAAAAGCGUUAGCUCUCAUUCACCAGAUUACUAAAGAAUGUCCAAAUUGUCAUUUGAGAUUUGAGAAGGUUGAGGAAGAUUGUGAUCAUGUCAAGUGCGUUUGUAAUUUUGAAUUUUGUUGGUCUUGUGGUGCCGAUCACAAAUUGAUUUUAGAAAAAGAUAAUUCGUACCAUCGUCCAACUUGCCGUUUUCAUACCAGAAAUAUCAACCAAUAA